GCAAGACAUUAGUAAAUUCGCACAGUCAGAGCGCGAGUCCCGAACGGCCACAACAGCAGCACGAGCAUCACUCACUCACCAAGUCACUGUCACCCCACAGCUCCACCAAGGGAUCCAACGCCGUCGGAGCUCCAAAACAACCACAGAAAAACCCGUUCCCCCUCUCAGCCUGCUGUGCUGCUGCUCUUGUGUUUUUUGUCGUCGUCGUCGUCUGGGAACCCAUCGAACGCUGCUUUCCUCAUCGCAGCAUGCUCUUCGCGCACCGUGCUCUGGCUGCCUCUGCUCUUUCUAGACCGCUGACCCUCAAACCUGUCACCCGUAUCGCCACUUUCGGCUCUCAUCUCGCAUCCGUCGUCCCGCGCCAUCAGAGUUCGUUUCAUACCGGUCCGGUGCUCACAUUCUCAGCCUCAACAGCACACAAAAUGCACUCGCUCACUCCAUCCGGCCCUAACAAGCCGCUGUUUGCUCAACAGCAAUCACUUCCCAAACUUCCGGUCGCUCCGUUGCAGGAGACAGCCGCGAAAUACCUGAAAAGCUUGAAGCCUCUGUUGAAUGAACAGCAAUAUGCUCAUUCUGAGGCUGUUGUAAAGGACUUUAUCAAACCGGGAGGCGAGGGUGAAAAGCUUCACAAACGUCUUCAGGAACGCGCAGCCACGGAGAAAACUAGCUGGCUUUACGAAUGGUGGAAUGACUGGGCGUACAUGGCAUACAGGGAUCCCGUGGUUAUCAACGUCUCGUACUAUUUCGUGUUCAAGGACGAGUUGAGGAAGCAAUGGAGGGAACCAGCAUCUCGUGCGGCUUCGAUUGUGACUGGAGCUCUCGAAUUCAAGCGAUUGGUAGUGGAGGAGGAACUGCAACCUGAAACCGCCAAGGGCGGUGCUCUCUCCAUGGAUCAGUUCCAAUGGCUCUUUAAUGCCUGCCGUGUGCCCACAAUACCGUCCGACACGACUUUCGUGGCGGAUCCUCGCAAAACGUCGCACGUGGUCGUCAUUCGCAAAAACAAGUUCUACUCCAUUGAGACCCGUUUGUCCGACGGUCGUCAACUUUCCACCGCGGAAAUUGAGCACCAGAUUCGUGCUGUGUAUCAAGACGCCGGUGAAACCGUUGGCCCGGCUGUCGGUAUUUUGACUUCCGAGAACCGCGACGUGUGGACAAAGGCACGGGAGGAGCUUCUGCAAUCUCCCGUCAGCAGAGCGUCGUUGGAAGCGAUCCAGUCUGCCGACCUUGUUCUCUGUCUCGAUGAUUCGGCCCCUGUGACGCGCGAAGAGGCCAGUCGUGCCUGCUGGCAUGGAGAUGGCCGCAACCGAUUCUUCGACAAACCAUUGCAGUUCAUCAUUUUUGACAACGGCAAAGCGGGAUUCCUGGGAGAACACUCUAUGAUGGACGCAACCCCGACCAGCAUGCUUUGUGACUUCAUCUGCACUGGAUUGGCCAAGGACAAGAUCGCACACGGCUCCACGUCGGUGGCAAGCAACCUGCCCGCACCUCGCCCUUUGCCUUUCGAAGUGACUCCCUCUAUUCAAUCCCGCAUCGAAAUCGCAUCCGCACACUUUGACACGCUCAUCGGCCAGCACGAUCUCCGCGUGCAAGCCUUUCACGAUUACGGAAAGAACUUGAUCAAAAAGUUCAAGGUCUCGCCGGACGCCUAUGCCCAGAUGGCUAUUCAACUGGCAUACUACAAGAAGUACGGAGUCUGCCGCCCUACCUAUGAGAGCGCCCAAACGCGCAAGUUUGCCUUCGGACGAACGGAGACAUGUCGUUCUACGAGCACCGAGAGCGUUGCUUGGGUCAAAGCUAUGCAGGAUCCCUCGGUUCCGGCCGCCCGCAAAUACGAGCUCGCUCAAGCUGCUUUGAACGCCCACACCCGCUACAUGAACGACGCUGUUGAGAACAAGGGUGUUGAUCGCCUGCUAUUGGGGCUCAAGCUCAGCUUACGCCCUGACGAGCCCGUGCCAGCGAUCUUCAAGGAUCCCGCGUUCGACUACUCGAAAACUUGGUUCUUGUCCACUUCGCAAAUCUCCUCGGAGUACUACGACGGCUAUGGUUGGGGCGAGGUUAUCCCCAACGGUUACGGUGUUCCAUACUCCAUCAUGAACGACUCGAUGCGCUUCACAUUCACCUGCCGCAAAGAGCUGCGAGCUGAUCACAUGGUGCAUCACAUUGGCGAGGCUCUCAGAGAGAUGCGCGUGGUCUUUGAAAGCGCGAUUCCUCCUGCUGUCCCCAAGGCCAAGCUUUAGAAACCAUCAGGCAGCUCGAUAUAGAUCUCAUAUAGAUUAUCAAUCAUCCGUAGCUUAGCUCUCCUUCUCGCAGUCUCGACGAUCAGUUUGGACGGUGCAUUCUCGACGAGUUAUGUUCAAUAUCGAUCACUUUUAAAUUAGGAUCCAGUCUUCCUUUGCGUGAGGGUUGCUUCUCUUCGAGCCCGUGCGGUCGCUGUAAUUCGCCGAUGAAGCGCUUGAGAGGCUACAUUCUAUGCGGGGUACGACGGAGUUGAUCGAUGCGAAAAAAUGCUUGAAUCUGAGAGCAUUCGACUG